AUGUCUGCCUCAGGGUACCACGCCGAUAGGACCGAGCACCGGGACGUGCCAGUGGUGCAGUUCCAGACCUACGAGACGAUCGUCGAGAUCCCGGCGGUCAUGAGGCAGGACGUGGUCACGGAGGUGGAGGAGCUGGGGGGGAGACUGGUCUGCACCAGGUCCUUCUACGAGAACUUCUCCGCAAGCCAUGGCGCCCUCACAGCUCAAGAGCGGCCGCGGAAACGCUGGUACGACGCCGCAGUCAACUUCAAGGACUACGGCGCUGAGGAGGUGCAGCACGUGGACGCGCUCCGCGAGGUGCUCAACGCGGUCGUGGAGGUCGUCGACAGGGAGGUCGAUACCUUCGAGACGCAGGUCGUCGAGAAGGAGGAGGAGGUGGUCGUGACCCUCACGCACGAGAUGGGCAUGGAGGUGCCGCAGGCGCAGAUGGUUGAGGUCGUGCGCGAGGAGAUUGAGCCCGUCAUCCAGGAGGUCGAGAAGGAGGUGCCGAACAUCAGCAUCCAGUACAUCGAGCUCGUCGUCGAGGUGGAGUCCCGCGUGAACAGAGAGGGCGACUCGGCGCAGCCGGAGUUCGAGCGCGAAGGCCACGCGGAGCCGUCGCGCCGGGGCCUCCUGUACUCCGAGGUGCAGCGCGCCCAGGGUCCGCCGCUCCACACCCAGCUGGCAGGAACGGGCGAGGUACAGUCUGGAGAUGGCAGCGCGCAUCGAGGAGCAGCCGCGAGUUCUGACGGUGCUCCUCCGCUGGUCACCAGGGGCUCGGAAGCAAGCCAGGCGCAGGGCGCCUCUCGCGAAGGCAACGUGCUGUCCAGCGGAAGCAGGGUCGCGAGGAGCACCGAGGCAGGCCUUACGCACGAGAGCACGCAUCGAGCCAGUGGCGGACCUUCGAGCCAUGUGGAGGCGAGCUCCCAGCAACGCAGCAGGAGCACCUUCGGGGCGGAUCGAGAAGGAAACCUCGUGCAGGAGGGCGCGCUGCAAGGCGGAGGUGGCGGUCUGCGCAGCGGUGCGCCCGGCAGCCCUGAGGCUGGCGCGCCGCGGGUCAUGAGAGGCCCGGAAGCAAGCCAGGCGCAGGGCGCCUCUCGCGACGGCGGCCUGCUCUCCAGCGGAAGCAGGGUCGCGAGGAGCACCGAGGCAGGCCUUACGCACGAGAGCACGCGUCGAGCCAGUGGCGGACCUUCGAGCCAUGUGGAGGCGAGCUCCCAGCAACGCAGCAGGAGCACCUUCGGGGCGGAUCGAGAAGGAAAUCUCGUGCAGGAGGGCGCGCUGCAAGGCGGAGGUGGCGGCCUGCGCAGAGGUGCGCCCGGCAGCCCUGAAGCUCGCGCGCCGCGGGUCAUGAGAGGCCCAGAAGCAAGCCAUGCGCAGGGCGCCUCUCACGACGGCGGCCUGCUCUCCAGCGGAAGCAGGGUCGCGAGGAGCACCGAGGCAGGCCUUACGCACGAGAGCACGCGUCGAGCCAGUGGCGGACCUUCGAGCCAUGUGGAGGUGAGCUCCCAGCAACGCAGCAGGAGCACCUUCGGGGCGGAUCGAGAAGGAAACCUCGUGCAGGAGGGCGCGCUGCAAGGCGGAGGUGGCGGCCUGCGCAGAGGUGCGCCCGGCAGCCCUGAGGCUGGCGCGCCGCGGGUCAUGAGAGGCCCGGAAGCAAGCCAGGCGCAGGGCGCCUCUCACGACGGCGGCCUGUUCUCCAGCGGAAGCAGGGUCGCGAGGAGCACCGAGGCAGGCCUUACGCACGAGAGCACGCAUCGUGCCAGUGGUGGACCUUCGAGCCAUGUGGAGGCCAGUUCCCAGCAACGCAGCAGGAGCACCUUCGGGGCGGAUCGAGAAGGAAACCUCGUGCAUGAGGGCGCUCCGCAAGGCGGAGGUGGCGGCCUGCGCAGAGGUGCGCCCAGCAGCCCUGAGGUGGGCGCGCCGCGGGUCAUGAGAGGCCCGGAAGCAAGCCAGGCGCAGGGCGCCUCUCACGACGGCGGCCUGUUCUCCAGCGGAAGCAGAGUCGCGAGGAGCACCGAGGCAGGCCUUACGCACGAGAGCACGCAUCGAGCCAAUGGCGGACCUUCGAGCCAUGUGGAGGUGAGCUCCCAGCAUCGCAGCAGGAGCACCUUCGGGGCGGAUCGAGACGGAAACCCCGUGCAGGAGGGCGCGCUGCAAGGCGGAGGUGGCGGCCUGCGCAGAGGUGCGCCCGGCAGCCCUGAGGCUGGCGCGCCGCAGGUCAUGAGAGGCCCGGAAGCAAGCCAGGCGCAGGGCGCCUCUCGCGACAGCGGCCUGCUCUCCAGCGGAAGCAGGGUCGCGAGGAGCACCGAGGCAGGCCUUACGCACGAGAGCUCGCAUCGAGCCAGUGGCGGACCUUCGAGCCAUGUGGAGGCGAGCUCCCAGCAACGCAGCAGGAGCACCUUCGGGGCGGAUCGAGAAGGAAACCUCGUGCAGGAGGGCGCGCUGCAAGGCGGAGGUGGCGACCUGCGCAGAGGUGCGCCCGGCAGCCCGGAGGCCAGCGCGCCGCGGGUCAUGAGAGUUUCAGCAGCAGGCCAGACGCAGGGCGGCUUUCGCGACGGCGCCUUGCAGUCCAGGGGAGAUACUCUCACGAGGACUGCACAGGCACGCCUACCGCACGAGAGCACCCUGCGAGCCGGGGGGGGGCCCUCAGGCCAUGUGCAGGGUAGCGCUCAACGGGGCGACACGAGCACCUGCGGCGGAGGUGCAGGAGGAGGCGCCGUGUGGGAGGGCGCGCUGCAAGUAAGAGGCGGCGGCCUGCGCAGAGGUGCGCUGGGCAGCCCCGAGGGUGGUGUGCCCCUGGUCAUGAGAGUAGAGGCGGUUCACGCGCAGGGCGGCUCUCGCGACGGAGCCCUGCUGUCCGGCGGAGGCACGACCGCGAGAAGCGUGGAGCGGGGCCUCCCGCACGAGAGCGCCCUGCGAGCCGGAGGCGGACCCUCGGGCAGCUCGCAGGCCGGCGCCUGGCAAGGCAACAGGCCCGCCUCGGUAGUCAGCGCGUGCUCGGGCCGCACCAUCGACCUGACGCCGCGGCCUGACGCGCAGGGCGGCGGCGGCGGCGCAGGCGGCGUCCCGCACCCGAGCUCCAGCAGCUCUGCAGGCCAGACGGGCGCGUGGCGCGCUGCCGCGCAGCCGGCGGGAGGCGACGACGGCUCGGGCGCGGGCAGCGCGCUCAGGCAGGAGCUUGCGCUGCAGGCCUACGGCAGCCAGGCUGCUCCCAGAGGUGACCCAAGACAAGCUGGGCAUCUCAGAGAGGAUCACCAGCAGCACGGCCAUGGUCGGCAUGGAUGUGGCGGUGCUUGCAGCUCGGCGGCGCCCCGUGGCGCUUCUAUGGCCGUGAGGCCAGGCGCGGUGGCGACACACGGUGGUGCUUCGAUGUCCGUGAUGCCAGGCGCCGCGGCAGCAUACGGUGGUGCUUCUGUGUCAGUCAUGCCAGGCGCCGCGGCGACCCUCGGUGGUGCCUCUGUGUCCGUGAUGCCAGGCGCCGCGGCGACACAUGGUGGUGCCUCUGUGUCCGUGAUGCCAGGCGCCGCGGCGACACAUGGUGGUGCCUCUGUGUCCGUGAUGCCAGGCGCCGCGGCGACGCACGGUGGCGCUUCUAUGUCCGUGAUGCCAGGUUCGGCGUACGGUGGUGCUUCUACGUCGGUGAUGCCAGGCGCGCCCUACAUGCCAUCGAGCAGCAGUGCAUCUGUAUCAGUUGCGGCUCACCAGGGACAUCGCUAUGGGCAGCCAUAUAUGGCUGAGACUCACUGGUCUGAAACAUAUGGCGGCGCUCCGAUGGCCAUGAUGCCAGGUGGUGGCGCUUCGAUACCCUUGUUUCCAGGUGGGACUUCUGUGUCUUCAGCCAGCAUGUCUGUACCAUUUGCUGCUCAUCAGCACCAAGUCAGUGGUCUGGUUGGGUCGGAACACGAUCGCGAAUUUGCAGCAUCUGGUGGCGCUUAUUUUUGUGGCUCCGCAUGUGCUUCUGCGCCGGCGCCGCCGGGCUGGAUCUCGAGCUCCGCCGCUGGGUUCUCGGUGCCCGCCAGGCACGAAACCCCGCGGCGGGCGGCGGAGCCGAUCGCCUCUGCGAGCGGCGCUGGCGGCGAGCCCGCGGAGUCUCUCACGCCGGGCUUCGGCGUCGGCUGGGCGCCCGGCGUGGUGGCCGAGCGGGAGCCAGUGGCCAAUUGCGGCAUGCAGAUGCCAGUGCCAGUUCGAGUGCCAGUGCAUGUGCCCGUGCAGGUGGACGUCUGCGGCGCGGCGGCCCGCGACUUCGGCCCCUGCGCCCCGGCGGAGCUGCCCGGCUCCGACGACCUCUCGGUGAGGAGAGACCGUGGCGCCGUCCGACGUGGCCAUGCCGUACGCGGAGCCCUUCAUGCCGUACGCGGAGCCCGUCUGUGCAGUCAGCCGGAUGCCCAUGAUGGAGCCCGUCGCGUCGGAGGUGCCGGUGGCCGUGGACGUGGUGGGGCCCCCAGAGGCGGUGGACUUCAGGGCGGACCUCGAGCACAGGGAGAGGAGUGGUACAAGUCCAACCUGCGUGGCGUGACGGCAAUCCUGCCCGGUGCCGCACUGGGGCUGGACGUCAACACGACAGGCAAUCCGAACUUCGUGGUCAUUGGAACGGACCUCAGCGGGGACGGCAUCCCCGACGCCCUGCAGUACGGGCACGGGCCUGCGAAGCUGUCCCUGGGCGGCUGCAUGGCCAUGCCCGCGUCCGCCGCAUACGCCCCAGAGCCGUGGCAGGCGCCUCGGUUCAUGGAGCCCAUCAUGGGAGGGCAGCCGCCCGCGAAGGUCAACAACUGA